AUGCCUACUUAUUUGAUAUCAUCCCUAUCUCAUCACAAACAUAAAGAGCUAAUCAAAUCUGCACCCUCAGCUGACACUUUAUAUGAGGAUACUGUACACCCUUUUGUGGAAGUUUCCUUUCAACACACUGUAUAUGAAACCAGUACAGCAAGUGGAUCUCAUCCAUGCUGGAAUGAAGAACUUAGAGUAGAUUUUAUUUCACCAGGACAUGAUUAUAGUUUCUCAAGCUUAUCUAAAAUAAAAGAUAACAUACAUAUCAAUAUUUUCGAUGAAAUGAUUAUUGAAAAACAUGAGGAUCACUGUCUCAAGGGCUGCAGUGGUCACUCAUAUAUAAGAAAGAAUUGGCUUGGAUCCAUUGUCUUCCCUUUCUCUGCUCUUCUACAACAAUCUGAGUUUUCAGAUCCAAUCGAUGUUUUACAGAAAGCACAGCUUUUUAAAAAAACUUGCAAGUCCUUGUUUCCAAACCGAAGAAUCACAACUACUGUUUUUAAUGCUGAGGGGAUACAGAUUUUAGUAACAAGAUAUAUCAAGGCAUUAAAUCCACCUCAGCAACUUCUGGACAUAUUUCUUCAUGAUUCAAGUGCAACACUUGACCUCGUCGCUCGAUUUGUAUCCUUGAUUCCUAUUAUGCCUGACACCGUGGGUGAAAACGAUGGCUUUGACAUAUGGAUGACAUCAGAGAAGUGCAUCAGUUUGGCUACCGGGAAUAAGGAGGAACAUGCUAUACUUCUCUGUAAUUUCUUCCUGUAUUUUGGGAAAAAAGCUUUGGUUCUUCUGGGAACUUCAGUGUUGGAAGGGCAUGUGGCUUAUGUAUUAACUCAAGAAAAUGAUGAAUAUUUGCUUUGGAAUCCAUUAACUGGGCAAUGCCAUAAACAGUUUGACCCAUUUUGUCCUUUACAAAGUGUAGACUGUUUGUUUGAUGGUGGAAAUGUUUGGUUUAAUAUUCAACAAAAUAAUACACCAAUGGCUGUACAUUUUGACUAUUCAAAGGAAAGUUUCUGGAAACAGUUGCUUCCAAAAAAUUUUCAAGGGGCAAAAAUCCAAAGCAUACAGCCUGAAGAAAUAAUUUAUUCUGCUACAAAUAAAAGCAUGGUGGAAGAUCUAAAGAACAGGAUUGAAAGGACUCUAAAAUGCAAAAUGAUGGAAUGGCGACCUAAACAACCAACACAUUGGAAUCGACAGUGUAGUUUUAUUUUGCGACAAAUCCUUCCUAAGCUGGAACUUGGCACUGGAAGGUGUAUUUCAGCUGAAGAGAGUGAAUUUGAAAGGCUGCUCCAAUUUUACUUGGUUACAGGAUUUCCUAUCCAGAUGCCAUAUACUGAUGUCCAGUCAGUGAUUGACACCGUGUAUCACACUGGAAUUCACUCUUCAGAAUUUCCCCAGACAGAAUUCGCACUUGCUGUUUACAUUCACCCAUAUCCAAACAACAUAUUAUCAGUGUGGGUCUAUUUGGCUUCCUUAGCUCAGCAUCAGUGAAAAAGAAGAAAAGAAAAGGAAAAAAUGGCCUUAUAAGCUCUCCAACCAGAAACCACCAAAACUUCUCUGGUACUUUGGGAUUUUGCUAGUUAUCCUCAAGUCCAGUCAAGUGUGAGCCCAAUUUGUUUCACUUUUAGAACUGGACACUAUAGAGGCCCACGUCCUUAGUGCUAAAGAAUGAAUCUAGGUGAUCUCU